AUUUAAACUGACUAUAAGCGGACUACAUCUUGGCAUCUGUCUCAUUUGGGAGACUCUCUGCCUGUGAGUAGAGGUUCACACUGUACGGGUGGGCGGAGCCGCUUUCCUGCGAUUGUCUGGCCGCGAGCUCGCUCUUCAUUUCUCCAAAGUUGCAUUUCGAGACACACCGCGUCGAGGAUUGAGUCGACACGGCUGCGGACACAGAUUGUUACUUUUUUCUGACACCUAUAUUUUCAUUGUUUCCCGUUUUCUGGUUUCUUUCAAGAUGACAGAAGAGAAGAGUAUUCGACAUUUAAAGCUGGUGACUGACCAGCUUCUGUGGGAUUUGAUGUCACCUUUAGAUCGGUUCAACUGAAGAUGGAAACACUGGAGUCGGAGCUGACGUGUCCAAUCUGCCUGGAAUUGUUUGAGGAUCCUCUCCUGCUGCCCUGCGCCCACAGCCUGUGCUUCAACUGCGCCCACCGCAUCCUGGUCUCGCACUGCUCCAGCACCAAGCCCCUCGAGUCCAUCUCCGCCUUCCAGUGCCCCACCUGCCGCUACGUCAUCACGCUCAAUCAGCGCGGCCUGGAGGGCUUGAAGCGCAAUGUGACGCUGCAGAACAUCAUCGACCGCUUCCAGAAGGCUUCUGUCAGCGGGCCCAACUCCCCCAACGAAAGUCGCCGGCCGCGGCCCUACAGUGCCACGCUCGGCGGGAGCGCGCGGGGGAGCCCCGCCGGUAGCGCCAUGUCCGUCGAGCGCGUCGGCUGCCAGUUUUGCGAUCAGGAGCCACCACGGGAGGCGGUGAAGACCUGCGUGACAUGCGAGGUUUCGUACUGCGACCGCUGCCUGCGGGCCACGCACCCCAAUAAGAAACCUUUCACCAGCCAUCGUCUGGUAGAGCCGGUGGCAGACUCUCAGCUGCGUGGACUGGCCUGUCUGGAGCAUGAGAACGAGAAGGUGAACAUGUACUGUGUGGUGGACGACCAGCUGAUCUGUGCUCUCUGCAAGCUGGUGGGUCGGCACCGCGAGCACCAGGUCACAUCACUCAGCGAUCGCUUCGACAAGCUUAAGGCUUUUCAAGUGAGUCCUGCCAGAGUUUCUGAAGCGGUUAUGGAGGCAUCAAAGACGAGCGCCGCGCAAACCUUGGAGAAUAACUUAACCAAUCUGGUCAAGAGAAACAGUGAGCUGGAAAACCAGAUGGCCAAACUCAUCCAGAUUUGCCAACAGGUGGAGGUGAACACAGCCAUGCAUGAAGCCAAGCUGGUGGAGGAGUGUGAUGAAUUGGUGGAGAUAAUACGCCAGAGGAAACAGGUCAUUGCUGUCAAGAUCAAAGAAUCCAAGGUGAUGAAGUUGAGGAAGUUGGCCCAGCAGAUUGCAAACUGCAGACAGUGUUUAGAGCGUUCCAGUGCCCUCAUCACCCAGGCUGAGCUCAGUUUGAAGGAAAACGAUCACACCCGCUUCCUCCAGACGGCCAGGAAUGUGGCUGAGAGAGUUGCCAUGGCCACAGCCUCCUCUCAGGUCCUCAUCCCAGAUGUCAAUCUAAACGAGGCCUUUGACAACUUUGCCCUCGAUUUCUCCAGAGAAAAGAAAAUCCUGGAAGGACUGGAUUACUUGACAGCACCCAACCCUCCAUCCAUACGAGAAGAGCUCUGCACGGCCUCUCAUGACACCAUUACAGUACACUGGACCUCUGAAGAUGAGUUCAGUGUCACGUCAUACGAGCUUCAAUACACCAUCUACACUGGUCAGACCAACUUUAUCAGUCUGUAUAACUCAGUAGAUAGCUGGAUGAUCGUGCCCAACAUCAAGCAGAAUCACUACACAGUCCACGGUCUUCAGAGCGGCACCCGUUACAUCUUUUUCGUCAAGGCUAUCAACCAGGCGGGCAGCAGAAACAGUGAACCUGCUCGUCUCAAAACCAACAGCCAGCCGUUCAAACUGGACCCCAAAACAGCUCACAAGAAGCUGCGUCUGUCUAAUGACUGUCUGACCAUGGAGAAAGAUGAAAGCUCUCUGAAGAAGAGUCACACUCCGGAACGCUUCAGCGGAACGGGAUCGUACGGAGCCGCCGGCAACGUCUUCAUCGACAGCGGCUGCCAUUAUUGGGAGGUCUUACUGGGAGCCUCCACAUGGUACGCAAUCGGCGUGGCCUACAAAUCUGCACCCAAAAACGAAUGGAGCGGUAAAAACUCGUCCUCCUGGGUUUUCUCGCGCUGCAACAACAACUUCCUGGUGCGACACAACAACAAAGAGUCAUUGGUGGAGGCAUCGCUGCAGUUGCGCAGGGUGGGCGUGCUGUUGGACUACGACAACAACGCCUUGUCCUUCUACGAUGCCAUGAAUUCCCAGCACAUAUACACUUUUGACGUUUCUUUCCUGCUUCCGGUGGCUCCCACCUUCAUGAUCUGGAAUAAAUCUUUGAUGAUUAUGUCAGGACUGCCCGUGCCUGAUUUCGUGGACUGCUCCGAGCACCAGGAAAGCAUCUGUCGCCAGCAGGAUUCACCGUAUGUGUCCGGUAUGAAAAGUUGCCACUGAGCUGAAUUUCAGGGGUUUCUGGGCCCGAUGGGUUUCCUGCCUCCAGUUUUUUUUUUCUUUGCCUGGUUUUUUAAAACUGGAAUGAAGUGCAGCUUGGUAUUAUGGAUGUUAAGUUGUUACUAAUAGUUCUGGGCACAAAAAUAAGUCGAAUCGUUUCUUAUGAGAGCUGAAAGGAGGAAAUGAAAUUGUACAUUAUUUAUAACUAAUAGGUUGGUUUGCUUUUUGUCCGUUUUAAUGUAUCCCUAAAAGCACUUUUUAGAGUUGCCCCUAUGUGUAAAAUGACAGGGUUGGACUUCGUUUUGGGCUGGAUUUAGUGUAUUAUUGUAGUGGAUAAAUUGGAUGAUUGGUUUUACACAAAUUCGUUUCAUAUUCAGGGAGCGAAAAAUAUACAUUGAUUUAUAAUUCAUCUAGAAUUAUAACGGCAUGAUAUGUAUUUCCUCUGUGAUUUGUUCUCACUAUCUCAGUUUUUUUGUUGAGUUUUUUUGUGAAAAGCAUGAGGCACAAAUUCCCCAGGUGUUUUUAUGUGUAUCUUUAAUAUUUGGUAUAUGAUUCCUAAUGUACCACAAUAUCCCAUCCGUGGAUAAGUUUUUCCAUAUUCAAGACUUUUAAAACCACAGUAAACAUCACACGCUUUUUUUCACACAUCCAUUCAUUUGCAAAUAUAUGAAUUGGCGACUAAAGUGUUUAUCGGUUUUAUAUGUGCUGUGACUCGUGAACGUUAAUUCAAUCGAGCGUCCAAACAAAUAUUACCGCGUCAUCAUACCGUACAGUAAUAUUAAUUUCUUAAUGGCUGUUAUGAAUCUUUCACGAUCUUCCUCUGUGUGAUAUUCAGGGCUGUAAUAAGGACACCCAGAGCUGGGUUCGUAAAGACAAUCACUUGUGCUCGUGCAGGCAAAAAAAUUCAAGCGUGUAGCAAAAGAUCUUUGCAAUAGCAUGUUAAACCUUAUUUGAAAGCUGUUUUCAUUGUAAAUAUGCAGAUUGGGAAGUAUUCAUACAGUACUACUGACACUGACAGCAAUGCAGUAUCUCUCCGCAAGUGCUCAGUGUAAGCGGGUUUGUCUCAUUUCUCAUCUAAAUGAGCAUGAAUGGUCUUAUUUGUUUUUUAUAUCUGAUUGAAAGCACAGAGAUUCAUUUCGUAAGGUAAUAUGUUACUUUUCCUGGUGCAUAGUGAUGGGGAAAUGCAUUCGCUAUAAUCCUUGCUGAUUAAAGGAGUCAUUCGAGUCAGGAAAUGAAGUUUAGCACUAAACAUUGCAUUGCAGUGCUCCGCGAUUGCUAGGUUGUUAUGCGUGCAGUGGGUUAUUGCGAUCUGGAGGGCAUUCAAGCCCACCGUCCUGUGGAGUUCAGGUCCAACCUCGAUCAAACACAACUGAACAAGCUAAUCUGAUCUCCAGGAUUAUGUCAAAAUUACAGCCAAUUGCUGGAUCUGAACUGUGCUGGAUGGUGGCCCUCCUGGAGCAGAAUUGACUAAUUAAAUUAGGGCUGGAAAGCAUUACAAUUCAGACACCUGAAUUGACUCUUUCACACUAUAGUUUGCAUCUUUGACUGAAAAUAGAUUUUACAUUUUUUUGCAAGGGACCAUCUCUUCUCUCUCAAACAAACUUUAUUACUACUAUGUGACAUAUUCCAGUCUAAACUUGAGAUGCGUGACAUCAUAGAAUGAUGGGAUCAGGAUUGGAUGAUCAGUUUAGGAUAUAGAGAUCUAUCUGCCAUUUAUCUCACAGUUCAUCCAGCUUCAUUCCUCCAUCUCAGCUCCAUCUUGUUUAUCUAUACUUUUUAGCAAUAAUAGCUGCAGGCAUUACAUUGUUUUUAGCAUUAUAAUGAUUUCCAGUGAAUACCAACUGUGGCAUGACCAGUUUGGUAUUUAAGGGCAAGCAUAGAUAAAGUUCCUAUGAGGAAACCAGUUUCACUUGAUUUUUGUCAUGCAACCAAUUAAGGCCAAAGUAUGGUCCAUUUUUUAUGUGUACGCAAGGGUCUGCAUGCAGUUUGCGUGACGCAAUUUUCAUUCUCAGAUGAGUGUGCAUGUACUGUACAGGGUUCCUUGAAAUCCUUGAAAGUUUGUGAAUCUGGGGGGCCCUGGGAAGUUUUUGAAAAUAUACAUACAUAGAUACAGGUCAUUGAAAGUCCUUGAAUCUAUUUUAUGCCAGAAGUUUUCUGGACUCUAGACUUUUUAAGCACACGUGCUAAACUGUUCACUUUAAAUGCUUAUAUCUUCUGUAUGCGAAUGUUGAUUCAUACCAAAAUGCUUUUUUGCAUAGUUGUGUUUGACACAUGAAAACGUGUCGGGUUACGUAUGUAACUGUUGUUCCAUUAGAAGGGAACGAGACGCUGCGUCGCCUUGCCAUACUUUCUGCGUCCCUGUAACACCGUCUUUGGUAAUAUUUCAGAUAGAGACAUGCAUCACCCUGUCUUUGUCGAUUUACACAUUCAGACGCACUUACCCCUGGAGGCGUCCCUAAAGUGUCACCGCAGUAACGCAGCGCAAGUUCCCUCGAAAGAGAACUGUAACAAUGUAUCUUAAAAGGUAACACGAUGUAACCUUGCUCUCACUUGAAAUGUCUCCCCACAUUUAGUACUUGAUUUUGAGGGUAUUGGAAAGUCCUUGAAAGGUCCUUAAAGGUGCAGUGUGUAAAUUUUAGCGGCAUCUAGUGGUGAGGUUGCGAAUUGCAACCAAUGGCUCAGUCCACUGCUCACCCCUCGCUUUUGAAACACAUAGAGAAGCUACGGUAGCCACCACCGGACAAACAUGCCAUCGUCUGAGACAACUUAGUAAAAACACUUAGUCCAU